CGCGACCUGGGCGCCAUGGCGGCGGCGGCAGGCCCGAGACCUGAGGUCCAGAAUCUGCAGUGGGCGCCUCCUGAGCACGACGAGGCCCAGGCAGCGGCCGGGCUGGGCGACUGCGAGGACGCACCUGUCCGGCCGCUGUGCAAGCCCCGUGGCAUCUGCUCGCGCGCCUACUUCUUGGUGCUGAUGGUAUUCGUACACCUGUACCUGGGCAACGUGCUGGCGCUGCUGCUCUUCGUACACUACAGCAACGGCGACGAGAGCACCGACCCCAGACUCCAGCGCCGCGCCCAGGGCCCCACGCCCGCGCCAACCUUGGGUCCCCUCACCAGGCUCGAGGGCAUCAAGGUGGGGCACGAGCGUAAGGUCCAGCUGGUCGCCGACAGGGAUCACUUCAUCCGAACCCUCAGCCUCAAGCCGCUGCUCUUUGAAAUCCCUGGCUUCCUGAGUGAUGAGGAGUGUCGGUUCAUCAUCCACCUGGCACAGAUGAAGGGGUUACAGCGCAGCCAGAUCCUGCCCACUGAAGAGUAUGAGGAGGCAAUGGGCACAAUGCAGAUCAGCCAGCUGGACCUCUUCCGGCUGCUGGACCAGAACCGCGAUGGUCGCCUGCAGCUCCGUGAGGUCUUGGCCCAGACUCGCCUGGGAAAUGGACGGUGGAUGACUCCAGAGAAUAUUCAGGAGAUGUACUCUGCAAUCAAGGCUGACCCUGAUGGUGAUGGAGUGCUGAGCCUGCAGGAGUUCUCCGACAUGGACCUUCGGGACUUCCACAAGUACAUGAGGAGCCACAAGGUGGAGUCCAGCGAGCUAGUGCGGAACAGCCACCACACGUGGCUCUACCAGGGUGAAGGUGCCCACCACGUCAUGCGUGCCAUCCGCCAGAGGGUGCUGCGCCUUACUCGCCUGUCACCUGAGAUCGUGGAGCUCAGCGAGCCACUGCAGGUUGUACGGUAUGGCGAGGGAGGCCACUACCAUGCCCAUGUGGACAGCGGACCUGUGUACCCAGAGACCAUCUGCUCCCAUACCAAGCUGGUAGCCAACGAGUCUGUACCCUUCGAGACCUCCUGCCGCUAUAUGACAGUGCUGUUUUAUUUGAACAACGUCACUGGUGGGGGCGAGACUGUCUUCCCUGUAGCAGACAACAGAACGUAUGAUGAAAUGAGUCUGAUUCAGGAUGACGUUGACCUCCGUGACACUCGGAGGCACUGUGACAAGGGAAACCUGCGUGUCAAGCCUCGGCAGGGCACAGCAGUCUUCUGGUACAAUUACCUGCCUGAUGGGCAAGGUUGGGUGGGUGAUGUGGACGACUACUCGCUGCAUGGGGGCUGCCUGGUCACGCGCGGCACUAAGUGGAUCGCCAAUAACUGGAUCAAUGUGGACCCCAGCAGGGCGCGGCAGGCGCUGUUCCAGCAGGAGAUGGCGCGCCUGGCCCGCGAAGGUGGCGCCGACUCGCAGCCGGAGUGGGCCCUGGACCGGGCCUACCGCGACGCGCGCGUGGAGCUCUGAGGGGAGUGUCGCCCACCGCCCAAGGUGGGGGCCCCUGCCGUCCCCCUUUCCAGCUGCAGGCCAAAGGCCUGGCUAAUGUCUUGCCCCAUCCCCGCCUCCAGCCGCGAUUAGGGCACAGUUCCUAUAUUCAUGUUAUUUAUUGUGUACAGAUACCCAUGCUGCCCCGUCAAAUAAAACUACACAGCUUUGAGCCGC